CACGUGGGAGGGCGGAAUAUGUAACGACGAAAAGAAGGUGGUUCUCGUCAACGACAUCGCGAAUAUUUUUUACGCCUUGCCGAACGCUAUGUUCCAGCUCGCACGCCUGCUGGGCGCACCAGCAUCGUGCACACCAAAUUUUUCGAGACUGGGAGGUCGGAGUCACCCAUUCUUUCCCACAAACUGCACUAUGAACAGCAUUAGAACAUUUCUCAGACAGCUGAAACGAAAGAAUAGUAGCCAGGCAAGAGAAUGUUUCCGCAAAAAGUACAACAGCUCAGUCUCAUCGAACUUCUACAACGUCCUGCCAGGCAAGAUUGCAAACGAAGACGAGUACUGCAAGAAAGUUGGAGAUUUGCUGAAGGAACCACGAAACAGGGGCCUCUGCAGUCGAGAAGCAACACGACGGGUAUACGAGAGUCCCGAGCUAAAAAAUGUAACACACUCAAGAAAGAAACCGUGCAUCUUCGACUGCUGCAGUAUUUCGGAUAACCAGAAGCAAAUUACAUUUCAUACCAAUUUGGCUUUCGAUGGCAAGCCCUGUGGAGAAAAAGGCGACGGAAAAAUCUGCUUCUACGGCGUGUGCCUAUAGCCACUAAGCGCACCUCAUGACGAUGUCUAGCAUGCGGUCCUGGGCUGAGAAGCUUGCAGUUGCAUUUCCAGACUCGAAGCUGUACAUUUGAAAUCACUCCGACACUAUAAGGAGAAAUGUUUGCAAUGAAAAUAAUAAAGUGAAAGAAAACUCAUAAACAGU